AUGGGGAUAUCAGGAAAAUGCAGCUUGAUUUUUUCUGAUCAAUAUUGCGGCACCAACAACGACAGCUGCACCAGCAACGACAGCGGCAUCAACAACGACAGCUGCACCAGCAACGACAGCGGCACCAACAACGACAGCUGCACCAGCAACGACAGCGGCGUCAACAACGACAGCUGCACCAACAACUACAGCUGCACCAGCAACGACAGCGGCAUCAACAACGACAGCGGCAUCAACAACGACAGCGGCACCAGCAACGACAGCUGCAUCAGCAACGACAGCGGCACCAGCAACGACAGCGGCAUCAACAACGACAGCGGCACCAACAACGACAGCUGCACCAGCAACGACAGCUGCACCAACAACGACAGCUGCACCAGCAACGACAGCGGCAUCAACAACGAUAGCGGCACCAACAACGACAGCUGCACCAGCAACGACAGCGGCAUCAACAACGACAGUUGCAUCAACAACGACAGCUGCACCAGCAACGACAGCGGCAUCAACAACGACAGCUGCACCAACAACGACAGCUACACCAGCAACGACAGUGGCAUCAACAACGACAGCGGCACCAACAACGACAGCUGCACCAGCAACGACAGCGGCAUCAACAACGACAGCGGCAUCAACAACGACAGCGGCACCAGGAACGACAGCGGCAUCAACAACGACAGCGGCAUCAACAACGACAGCUGCACCAGCAACGACAGCGGCAUCAUUAACGACAGCGGCAUCAACAACGACAGCGGCACCAGCAACGACAGCGGCAUCAACAACGACAGCGGCAUCAACAACGACAGCGGCACCAGCAACGACAGCGGCAUCAACAACGACAGCGGCAUCAACAACGACAGCGGCACCAGCAACGACAGCGGCAACAACAUCGAAAGCGGCAUCAGCAACGACAGCGGCAUCAACAACGACAGCGGCAUUUUUGUGAACUCGACACCAGUGUAAAUUUCAGUAGAGACACCCAUCGUACACCAUACUUUGGAUAUGAUGACAACAAAGGCUCCAUGACAGUCAACUGGCUCGUCACUUGAGGGAUAGGAAUAUGGAUAGCGGGAUUUAUUGUCAGCAUAAUUGGUGCUGUGUACGCCUGCUCUCGGGGAUAGUGUCGACGACGUUCCAGACAGAGCUUGAAACAAUUAAACAAUGGACAGACGAUACUUAGCAUGGAUCCUGGGCCAAGUGCCGUUGGAGGACAGCCAUUUUGCUCCGUAGGCGUGUCGCACCACCCACCACAUGACUAUUUACAUGUAGUUGAUGACGAGUACGAUGAGAUUAAAUGUGAGAGGACGGUGGAAGUUAAUUCCAUUAGUCAGUCCGCAGACGACAACAUCGUAUAUCAUGAAAUCGACCCCGACGACAUUACAGAGCGUCAGGGGAAACCAACAUACAUGUCUCUCCAGAUGAGAGAAACGCAUCUGUACGACGUCUCAUUCAAUAGUUCGAAUCGCUAAGAAUGACGCUCCAGUUGAGAUACAUGUUGCUGUGGCCAAAUAACUUCAGAAUAACGGUCAAGGGGACAAUGAUUUUGCGCAGGCCGGACGGCUUGUAAAUGCCGGUAAAGUGGAGUCAUAGUCUUGAUUUGCCCGUGAGCUUCUUUAUGACGAUAUAUGAGGAAAAAUAUGACGCUAUCCCAUUGGGGGUUUUAGGACACCAAAUGGUAUAAAAAUAGCACAUUGGCCUUAGAGCUUAUAAAAGUCGUUGUCGGGAAGAAAAAUAACACAUUGGCCGACGUGCCUAUAAAAGUCGCUGUAGUAAAGAAAAUAGUGGCCAAUGAGCUCGUAAAAGACGCUACAGGAAAGACAAAUAACACAAGUGCUGAAGAGAAAUUGAUUUAACGGAAUUAAAAGCUCAAAAACACAGCAUAAAAGGAAUGUUAAC